AUGGAUAUGAGUUCUAUGGAUAUGUCAAGUAUGACUAUGUCGUCGAGCUCGAUGUCGGGUUCGAUGUCGAUGUCGAUGUCGAUGACCAUGUCGAUGCCCACCGCGACAGCUAGUAGUUCUGGUGGAAUGUCGGGUAUGUCUGGGAUGGAUACAGGCAAUAGCUCUGAUAGUUCGAUGGACAUGGGAAUGAAUUAUUAUCUGACACCAACUUACAAACACUAUCCUGUGCUGUUCCAACAUUUAGUAGCUGAUUCUGAGGGAAAAGCUUUCGGUAUAUUUUUAUUGAUUGUGGUUGCAGCUUUUGCGUACAAAUUUUUAUUGUUCGUUAGUUGGUGCUUGGAAGUGCACUGGUUUAAGAGGUGGAAUAAGACUAACAAGUACAGUACUUUGCAAGUUGAGAGAAACACCAAUAAUGGAAAGAGUUCCGAUGGUAAGGAUUACUAUGGUGAUGAGAUUCUUGAGAUGUCCACUUUGCCCAAAAUACCAAAUUUCAUGUUUGAUGUUUUCAGUCCCUCACUAAUCGAUUUGUUCCACGAUUUCAUCAGAGCUUUGCUAACAUUUACCUCUACUAUGAUCAUUUACAUGUUGAUGCUUGCAGCAAUGUCAUUUGUUCUAACCUAUGUCUUUGCCGUCAUUACAGGUCUGGCGCUCGCAGAAGUCUUCUUCAAUAGAUGCAAAAUUUGCAUGCUGAAGAGAUGGGAUAUUCAGAGAGAAAUUAAAAAGACCACAACGUGCCCGGGGGCAGGUGCCUGUCAGUGCGGCAGACACGAAUGGUCCGCCAAUGAUGAAGAUGCGACCGCGAGUCUAAACGAUCAAAGCACUCAGAUUCAGGACAAGACGGGAGGAGGCACAGGGUGCUGCUCCAAGGUUGAGCAACCCGUCGAACCAUCGUGUUGUUGUACAGAGCAGGCCAAAGAGGAUGAAAGAAAAAUUGAAAAAAACAUCCUUGAGAGUUCAAAAUUGCAGGAACAAGCAGGCAACAUGGACUCCAAUUUAAUGCCUGCCGAGAAGUUCCAAUAA